ACUCUGGGAGGAUAGUGAGUUUUUUCCCAUGGUGAAUCGGCCUGUGGGUGUUUUUCUCACCUCUUGUUAUCAUUUGACGUCCUUCGGUGGCCAAGAGAAAGGCCGUCACAUUUAGCAAGAAAGAAGAAUUAACAUGUCGUUGGUAGACAGCCUUAAGGAUAUUCAUUUGAGCAUCCUUCCCCAAGAUCCGGUGAAAAUUGACACUUUUGUGUUUCGACUUCACUACUUUUGGACCGUAUCCUUCAUCUUGGUUUUCAGUGUCUUGCUCUCCCUCUCGCAAUACGCCGGUGAUCCCAUCGAUUGCAUCCAUGAUCACAAUAUUCCCGAUGACACCUUUGAUCGUUUUUGUUGGGUUGAGGGUACAUGGACUCGAAAGCUUGGAUUUGACGCCAUUGGAGGCCAAAUGGACAAGGCCUUCCUUCGAAAGGAUUUGAAUUUUGUGAGAUGCUUUGACGAGUCUACCAACUCGGACGGAAAACCUCACGAAGACUGUUGGCAACACCAAUACUACCAAUGGGUGGCCUUGGUCUUGGUUUUGCAAGCUGGAUGCUUUUACUUUCCUCGGUAUCUUUGGCAAAUUUGGGAGCAAGGGAAAAUUCAGUCCUUAGUUUCUGGUUUGGACCGUACCUCGCUAAUCAAAGGCCUUCAGAGCAAGAAUGAGCUUCAAAAGGGCGAGAUCAAAGACAAAAUUCAACUCAUGAUUCAGUACUGGCGAGAAGCUAAAGGCACCAACAAUCUUUGGGCUAUCAAGUUUUACAUCUGUGAGUUACUUUGCGUUCUGAAUGUAGUUGCACAGUUCUACUUCACGAAUUUCUUCUUGAACGGGCAAUUUGCGCAAGUGGCAAGACAGGGGCUCAAUUUGGACGAAAACGACAGCAUUCUACCAAUCUUAGCGGAGUGUCGCCUAACAACUUACGGCUCAGGAGGUCAGCCCCAAUUAACCUCGGGAUUGUGCGUGCUACCUUUGAACAUUGUGAACCAAAAGUUCUACUCGCUCUAUUGGUACUGGCUCUCUGCUCUUCUCGUUGUGUCCAUUCUUGCCCUAACCCUUCGGAUCUUACAAAUAACCUCGCAUGAUAUGAAGAAAUUCGUGAUAGUUUACUUCUAUCGCAUCAAAGAGUUCAACGACGUUAUUCUGAAGCGUUCCAAUCACGGAGACUGGUUCCUGCUGAUUCGUCUUAUGGAUAACAUGAAUGAUGUGGUGAGCUCUCUAUUCUUGGACGAACUCGAGAAGAUUAAGCCCUUCGAAGCAUAUAGAGCGGAUGAAUAGAGUAAAGAAACGUUCUAAGAUGAAUGUGAUGUUGAAGGUUUAUUGACCGUUAAUAUGGAUGACGAAAAAACAAACAAAAAGCAAGUAGAGAAUCUAAUAAAUGAAUAACUACUCUG